GGGCGGCGGGGCCGCCGGCGGCCGCCAUGGGCACCGUCCUGUCCCUGUCGCCCGGCUACCGCAAGGCCCCGCCGUUCGACGACGGCAAGGGCGCCAAGGACAAGGGCCCCAAGCGGCCCUCGCUCAUCUCCGCGCUGCCCUGGAAGCGCCUGGUGGCCGCGUCGGCCAAGAAGAAGGGCUCCAAGAAGGCGCCGCCCGCCGCCGGCUACCGCGACAACGUCACCCACCUCAACCAUGAGAACCUGAAGAAGUCGCUGUCCUGCGCCAACCUGUCCACCUUCGCGCCGCCGCCCGCCCGCCCGCCGCCCUCCCCGGCCUCGGCCGACGAGGCUCCCGCCGCCGCCGCCGCCGCCGCCGCCCCCGAAAACGACCCCCGCGCCGCCGCCGCCGUCGCCGCGCCCCCCGGGACCCCCAAGAGGGUGGUGGUGCAGGCGUCGACCAGCGAGCUGCUGCGCUGCCUGGGCGAGUUCCUCUGCCGCCGCUGCUUCCGACUGAAACACCUGUCCCCCGCCGACCCCGUCCUCUGGCUGCGCGGCGUCGACCGGGCCCUGCUCCUCCAGGGCUGGCAGGACCAGGGCUUCGUCACCCCCGCCAACGUGGUCUUCCUCUACAUGCUCUGCCGGGACGUGGUGUCGCCCGAGCUGGCCGCCGACCACGAGCUGCAGGCCGUCCUGCUCACCUGCCUCUACCUGUCCUACUCCUACAUGGGCAACGAGAUCUCCUACCCGCUCAAGCCCUUCCUGGUGGAGACCUGCAAGGAGGCCUUCUGGGACCGCUGCCUCUCCAUCAUCGACCUCAUGAGCCCCAAGAUGCUGCAGAUCAACGCCGACCCGCACUACUUCACCCAGGUCUUCGCCGACCUCAAGAACGAGUGCCACCGGGACGAGCGGAACGGGCUCCUGACCGGCCCGGACCGGUGAACCGACACGCCGCCGGCCCCUCUCCCCGGACCGGUCCCCCCCCCCCCGCCCCCGCCCGUCGUCGCCGUCCGCGGCCCCCG